AUGCUUGCUGUCACCCGUGAAGGGGAUGCAUCCAGUGGCACGUCCUGGAAUUUGAGGCGUGCUUUCGGACCGCUCCUCGGUGACCAAACGACGAGCUCGGUUGGUGACGUGGUGAUGUACACCGGGCCGUUGCAGCCAGUUGGGCUGCUCCUCGGGACUGGCAGCGACUUCGGUGGCGGGACACAACCGUGGCCUGCGGACGGCGCGAUCGACGUGCAUACCGGCGACGUCGGACCGACGCGAGCAAACAACCUUCACGGGCACUCCUCGUCCGCGCCUGGCCGCGCCCGGCAGCGCGGUCAAUCCUGGUCCGCCUUCUUUCUCCUGCUGCUCGAAGCGUGCGGCGGCGUGCUGCUGAGCGAGUGGAUGUGGCCGCCGCGCUUCGGUGUGCGGUGCCGGACGGGGUCGAAGCGCGGCGCGUGGCUGCUUCUUCUCGUUGCGCUGCUCCCGCUGGCAUCUAGCAACUGCUGCCGGCUGCGAAAUUGCCAAUUUACCAUCUUCGGGGAGCGGCACCUGCUGGAUCUGCUCCGCUCCCUGAUCGAGGGGGAUGCUGUCAACAUCUCCAUCUACCUGCCGCCCAGCGACGUCGAGAUCAUCGACUCGGAUGUGAGGGGCUGCUCGGCUAAUGAGGGCGGCGUCGUCUACGCGCAGUACAGCGGUGCGGUCUCGAUAACCGGCUCAACCGUGACGGGCUGCUCAGCGGUGCAUGACGGCGGCGUCGUCUCCGCGGUUGAGAGCGGUGCGGUCUCGAUAAUCGGCUCCACUGUGACGGGCUGCUCGGCUGGCGAUGACGGCGGCGUCGUCGACGCGGCUAGCAGCGGUGCGAUCUCGAUAAUCGGCUCCACUGUGACGGGCUGCUCGGCUGGGAAGGGCAGCGUCGUCUACGCGUCUAGCAGCGGUGCGGUAUCGAUAAUCGGCUCGACUGUGACGGGCUGCUCUGCUGUCUAUGAGGGCGGCGUCGUCUACGCGAGGGGCAGCGGUGCGGUCUCGCUAAUCGGCUCGACCGUGUCGGGCUGCUCGGCUGAUGUCGGCGGCGUCGUCUCCGCGGAGUUCAGCGGUGCGGUCUCGCUAAUCGGCUCGGACGUGUCGGGCUGCUCGGCUGGCGAUCGCGGCGGCGUCGUCUACGCGGAGGACAGCGGGGCGGUGCUCCUCUCGCACCGUGCUCUCGUCAGCACCGAGGCGUGGGGCCGCUUCAGAGCACGUGUUGACAUCAUCGAGUCGCAGGUCGGCUUCCAGCCCAAGUUCAAGGUCCUGGUCGGCUUCUACCAGAUCGCUACGACGCUCGGUCCUGUCUACGGCGUCCGCCUCAACGAGGCCUUUACGCGCUGGACCAAGUUUAUGGACUCGCUCAGCUUCGACGUUAUCGGCCUCACCUACCCGGGCGCCUGCAUGGGCUCGAUGCGAGUCCGGCUCAUGGUCGCCGGCUUGUGGCCUCUCGUUGCCAUUUUGCUUGGAGGCGCCGCCCUUGCCUGCCACGCCCUCGCAGAGUGGCUUAUGUCUGGUCGCGCCGACGACCUCCGUCGCGACGUUGUCCGUGCCACGCUGCGCCGCAUCCUCUACUGGGCCAUCCUCGUCGCCUAUCUCGUGCUCCCCUCAGUCUCUCGCACCAUUUUGAAGGUGGAGCAGUGCGAAUCGUUUGCCUUCAACGACAUUACCGGGGAGAAGCGCAGCUACCUCGUGGCCGACCUCGAUGUGCUCUGCGGCGCUGACGACGAAGAGUACAGCGGCCUCGACGCGUACUUCUGGGCCUUCUUCGUCCUCUGGCCGGUGCUCGUCCCGCUCGCUUUCCUCGCGCUGCUCCUCUGGAUCCGCUCCGAGGUGCGGGCGCAGCGCGUUGGCUCUCUCGCCCGAGCCAGCCGCUUCCUCUGGCGCGACUACGACCCGGGCAUCCUCUUCUGGGAGGUCGUCGAUCUGAGCCGCAGGCUCUUCCUCGCCUCGCUGGUGCUCUUCAUCCAAACAAACACCGGGUCGUCCAAGCUCCUCCGCCUCAUCAUCGCGUCUGUCGUCUCGGGCCUCUACCUUACCGCUCUCGCCCUCGCCCGGCCCUUCAAGCGCACCGAUGACCUCUACCUCGCGUGCACCGCCAAUCUCUUGCUCUUGUGCUGCUUCAUCUCGGGCAUCGUGAUUCAGCUCUGCCCGGAUCCGGGCGCGAGUGCCGCUUACGAGGGCAUGUGCUACACCCUCGUCGGCUUCGACAGCGCGCGCGGAGCGAGUGAGUUUGUGAUCGUGCUCACCGCCGCGAUGCUGGCCGCGUCGCUACUCGUCGUCCUCUUCAAGACAGUCAGCGCCGUCCGCAUGCCCACCAUCCGCCUCGCCUCGACCGGUCGCCCUCCCGCCCUCGAGUUGUGCCCCGAAUGCCACUUCCACGGCUUCAUCUCGCACGCGUGGGGGACCGGCCAGGACCAGACCCACACCGUCGUGCGCCAGCUCCAGCUUCUCCUGCCCGGCGUCCGGAUCUGGCUCGACGUCGAUAACCUCGAGGACGUGGGCAGGCUCGAGGAGUCAGUAGCUGACGCAAUGACCUUUCUCGUCUUCCUCAGCGCCGGCUACUUCAAGAGCUUCAACUGUCGCCGCGAGCUGUACGCGGCGCUUGCCUCGAACCGGCCCUUCAUCCCCAUCUUCGAGGCCGACGCGGCGAAGGGCGGCGCCUCGAUCGAGGCGUUGCAGGCUGAGUGCCGCGAGCACUGCGUCGAGGUCGUCCCGCCCGCCUACCCUUCCUACGGCGGGCCAGGCGAGAUGAUCGCGCGCGUGUUUGAGGAGGCGAAGCCGAUCGUGUGGGUGCGGGUGAACGCCUUUCAGCUCGAGUCGCUCAAGGCCAUCGCUCUGCGCAUGUUGCUGCACUCUCCAUUCUACGCGAGCCGCCUGGCCGAGCUUGCUGCAGGGGUGACGGUGCCCGGUGAGGCAGGGCCCGUCGCCUUCAGCGGUCCCGUCACCAUCCUUGCGUGCCGCGGCAACAAGGGCGCCUUUGGCGUAGCAGACGAGGGAGCCAGCGCGGCCCCUCUCUCCGGACACUACGUCCUCCUGCUCUACCUGAACGAUAAGACCUUUCUCGAUGCGGGCGGCACCGUCGCUCGCCUCGUGCAAGCGGCGAUGGACCGGCGCAUUGCCAUCGUGCUUGUCCACGAGCAGGACCCUAGCUGCGGUGGCCGCCCGUUCCGGCACUUCAUUCAGCAGACGCCGCAGGUCCUGCAGCGGUCGCCGUACAAGCUCUACGACACGGUGGCGGUGCCGCUCUACCCGUCGACAGAGCACCGCCCGGUGAGCCUGCACCUCGUGCUGCGUGGCAUGGGAGCGGCACCGUGCAGCGCGGGGAUACUGCGGCGGCAGUGGCAGCUCCUUCGCCGCCGCAUCGCGGGCGGCGUGCAGGAAGGCUCGAGUGCCAGCUCCACCUCCUCGCUGCCGCUGCCAACAGUUGUGGUCGAGUGCGGCCCUCACAUCUUUCCGUGA